UCCCAUGGUGGCAGUGGUGGUGACCUGCCCAUGACAGCACCACGCUCAUGGCAGUUGCGUGCCCAUGGUGGUGCCAUGCCCGUGGUGGUGGCACGUCCACGACGGGACAACGCUCGCAGCAGCCGCGUGCCCGUGGCACUGGCGCGGCGCUGAGUGGCUGCCCCCCAGCAUGCUGAUCACCUACGACGACGUGGUGAAGAUCUCCGACUUCGGCACCUCCAAGGAGCUCAUCGACAAGAGCACCAAGAUGUCCUUCGCCGGCACCGUGGCCUGGAUGGCGCCCGAGGUGAUCCGCAACGAGCCCGUCUCCGAGAAGGUCGACAUCUGGUCCUUCGGGGUGGUGCUGUGGGAGCUGCUGACGGGCGAGAUCCCCUACAAGGACGUGGACUCCUCGGCCAUCAUCUGGGGUGUGGGCAGCAACAGCCUCCACCUGCCCGUCCCCUCCGGCUGCCCCGACGGCUUCAAGGUGCUGCUGCGCCAGUGCUGGAACAGCAAGCCCCGGAACCGGCCGUCCUUCCGGCAGAUCCUGCUGCACCUCGACAUCGCCUCCGCCGACGUCCUCUCCACCCCCCAGGAGACCUACUUCAAAUCCCAGGCGGAGUGGCGGGAGGAGGUGAAGCUGCACUUCGAGAAGAUCAAAUCGGAGGGGACGUGUCUGCACCGCCUCGAGGAGGAGCUCAUCAACCGCCGGCGCGAGGAGCUGCGGCACGCGCUGGACAUCCGGGAGCACUACGAGCGGAAGCUGGAGCGCGCCAACAACCUGUACAUGGAGCUGAGCGCCCUGAUGCUGCAGCUGGAGCUGAAGGAGAAGGAGCUGCUCAGGAGGGAGCAGGCGCUGGAGAAGCGCUACCCGGGGCUGUUCAAGCCGCGGGCGCCGCGGGGGCUCCUGCACGGGAACGCCGUCGAGACCCUCAUCAAAAAGCGCAACGUCCCCCAAAAACUCUCCCCCCACGGCAAGCGCCCUGACAUCCUGAAGCCGGAGGUGCUGCUGCCCAAGCUGGACGCGGCCAUGGCGCAGGUGACCCUCCCCGGCUGCCCCAAGGGCCCCCCCUCGCCGGGGCGCAGCCGCCGAGCCAAAGGGCGCCACCGUAAAGCGGGGGGGCCCCGGGGGGGCUGCGGGGAAGCCGGUCCCGAAACCGGACCCCCCCGAGGUCUUCCCGGCCCCCCCCCGGCCACCGCCGGCCCCGAUCUCCUCGGGGGCACCCUGGAGGCUGUGGGACCCCCCCCCGCCUCCGUGCCCGAUGUGGGGCCGGGGGGGGCGGAGGGUACCCAAGGGGUGCCCCCCCCGCAGCCCCCCACCCCCGGGGAGCCUGAGCGGGACAGCGGGGCCGCCCGGGGGGGGCGAGGGGGGGCCGGGCAGCAUCUCACCCCCGCGGCGCUGCUGUACCGGGCGGCCGUCACGAGGGGCCAGAAGCGGGGGGUGUCGUCGGAGGAGGAGGAGGGCGAAGUGGACAGCGAGGUGGAGCUGCCGCUGCGGCAGAGGUGGCCCCCGGGCAUGAGCAAGCGGCAGUCGCUGUCGACCUUCAGCUCGGAGAACUUUUCGGACGGGGACGGGGACGGGGACGGGGACGAGGGGCACACGAGCGAACCCUCGCACAGCGCCACCCCCGACGUGGGCAGCACCAACACGGACGAGCGCCCCGACGAGCGCUCCGAGGACCUCCUCUCGCAGGGCUCCGAGAUCCCCCUGGACGCCCCCCCCCCAGAAGGAGCCGCCGGCCGUCGCCACGGGGGGGGCAGCCCCAAGGUCUCCGAGGACUCGGACUGCGACAGCGCGGAGCUCGACCACUCGGGCAGCGGCGAGGGCCCCCCCCGGCCCGCAGCCCCCCCCGGCCUGUGACCUGCACCCCCCCACACCCCAAAAACCACCACCGCCACCCCCCCCCUCCUUGCACACCCCCCCCUCCACACACACACUUGUACA